GUCACUGAAAAUCUCAAUUACAUUAUCACGAGAGACAGCAAAACACUCCAAACCAUUCCUUGUCUUUUAAGAGAGGCAGCCACUCCGCUAAACUUCCCUGCAGCCGCUAUGCCCAUACAUAUCCCCUGUUCUUAAAUAUCAGUCUUUUACUGUCACUUGGACUGAAGGCAUUUUUUUACUGUUUUUUUAUUCUAAGAUUUUUUGGAGUUUUUGUAAGCCUUAACUUUCCUAUUUAAAAAAAGAACAAUAUUUUUAGACUUCUUUAGUAGAAACGGGAUCUCGGAAACUAUACCAAUCCUUUGAGACAUUGUUACUACCGAGAAAGGAGACCUGCCGCUGAUUGAAUGCAGGAUAAUAGCUAUCUGAGUGUCUCUUCAAAGUUCACCUUCGGACCACUCUUUUCUUCAUCUGUAGGAAAGGAAACUUUGGAAUUGCAUUUAUUCCCGCCCUACACCACCAUGAAAUCUGCUGAGGAAGAGGCUUUCAGCUAUGCCCCAAACGUCAGCCUUACUCUUCCACUCAGCAUGGGGAACCCUUGCCUCUCAACGCCUUACCACAACCUCCAGUCCAGCCCGGUUAUCUCUGUGUCUUCCAACCAUCAGCUUGGCUAUGGUGGUCACGAGGAUAAUGGAGCCCCUGGUUACUAUCUGUCCCCUAGCAUCAGGCCAAAUGGAGCUCCAGCCUUGGAAAGCCCUCGGAUUGAAAUCACACCCUACACUGGGCUGCACCAUGGCAACCAGUUCCCUGAGGAUGAGAUCGAAGAGAGCAUGCCCAACAAGCGGGGCAAUUCCAUUGUCACACUGACCCUGCCAAAUGCGGACAACUACAGGGAUCCCAGCUGUCUGAGCCCCGCCAGCAGCUUGUCCUCCCGGAGCUGCAACUCGGAAGCCUCGUCCUAUGAGUCAAACUUCUCCUACAACUAUGACAACUCCCCCCAGAACUCGCCCUGGCAGUCCCCUUGCGUGUCUCCCAAGGGCACAGCCCAGGAUGAGCGUUUUCACCAGGGGCUGGUGCCGUGCCCUCUUGUAGCCUCCCCAAGGCACUCGCCCUCCACCUCCCCGAGGACCAGCAUCACUGAAGAGAGCUGGACAGGCAAUCGGAGUCCCAGGCCCUCCUCGCCCUGCGGCAGCAAGAGGAAGUACAGCUUCAAUGGUGUCCCCUGCAGGCACCCCUCUUACUCUCCCAAUCACUCCCCAACACCCUCACCCCAGAACUCCCCACGGGUCAGUGUGACAGAUGAGACCUGGCUGCCUAAUACCAACCAGUACACAAACUCAGCUAUUGUAGCUGCCAUCAAUGCCCUGACCACUGAUGGGGUUACAGACCUUGGGGAAGGAAUCCCUGUGAAGUCGAGGAAAACCAUGAUGGAUCACAGCCCCACCAUGAGCCUCAAGGUGGAGCCAGGCGGAGAGGACCUAGGUUCUGGGGAGCUUCCCCAAGAGGACUUCUCUAAUCCACGCUUACCCUUCAAAAAAGAAAGCUUCUGCGGGGACUUCUUGGUCGUGCCCCCUGCCCCUUACAGCUGGAACAAGCCAAAACCUUAUAUCAGCCCCUCCCUGCCAGCCCUCGACUGGCAGCUGCCAUCCUGCUCCGGUGCUUACAGCCUGCAGAUUGAGGUGCAGCCCAAAUCCCAUCAUCGCGCUCAUUAUGAAACGGAAGGAAGCCGAGGUGCAGUAAAGGCACUGGCAGGAGGGCAUCCUGUGGUGCAGCUCCACGGUUAUAUGGAAAGCGAGCCGCUCACCCUGCAGCUCUUCAUCGGGACGGCAGACGACCGCCUGCUGCGCCCGCACGCCUUCUACCAGGUCCACCGCAUCACGGGCAAGACUGUCUCCACCGCCAGCCACGAGGUCAUGCUCUCCAACACCAAGGUGCUGGAGAUCCCGCUGCUGCCCGAAAACAACAUGCGCGCCAUAAUCGAUUGUGCUGGAAUCCUGAAGCUCCGCAAUUCUGAUAUUGAGCUCCGAAAGGGGGAAACAGAUAUUGGGCGCAAGAACACUCGAGUGAGGAUGGUCUUUCGCGUGCACAUCAACCAGCCCAAUGGCCGGACUGUCUCUUUGCAGGUGGCAUCCAACCCCAUUGAGUGCUCUCAGAGAUCUGCCCAGGAGCUGCCUCUGGUGGAGAAACAGAGUGUGGACAGCUACCCCGUGACUGGAGGGAAAAAGAUGGUUCUGAGUGGACACAACUUCCUGCCCGACUCCAAAGUGGUGUUUGUGGAAAAAGCCCCAGAUGGCCACCAUAUAUGGGAAACAGAAGCAAAAGUUGACAAGGACUCGUUCAAGUCUACUACAUUGGUGGUGGAGAUUCCCUCAUACCGCAAUAAGGGCUUAACCAGCCCUACCCAGGUGAAUUUCUAUGUCUGCAAUGGGAAAAGGAAGAGAAGCCAGUACCAGCGCUUCACCUACCUUCCAGCGAACGUUCCAAUAAUAAAAACAGAACCGAAUGAUGACUACGAGUCCACCCAGCUGUGUGGACCGGUGGCCUCUGGACUGAACGCGCACUCGAAGUCGUACUACAACCAGCAAGUGUUGACCUCCAUGAUACCCCCGGACCCCGGCUCUUGUCUGGUGGCCAGUUUCCCUUCCUGUCAGCAGAGACACAUGGUGAUGCCACCUUCCUCUCCGAGCUCCAGCCCCAAACUCCACGAUCUCUCUCCCUCCGCCUACUCAAAAUGCCUUUCUGGUGGGCAGAACCAGUUGGCUUCCCUUCAGCAACCCACAGCAGGCGUGGCCACAAUCCAGGAGGUGCCCAGUCGGUCAGUGGUGGUACACCCGAGCUCUCCCGAUCAAUCAUCUCUCAUCAUGCUGCAGCCCCAGGAGCCAUCAUACGCCCAGGCCUACAGUCCGCCACAGCCUGUUGCCAUGGGGCAACCACUGCCCAAAACACAGAGAAAUGGCUCUCCCACAGAGCAGCCAGGGCCACUGCCGCUGCUGCAGGAAGAGAGCAGUCAGCAUUCUCUGCCUGUCACAGUCAAGCAAGAGCCCCAGGAUCUGGACCAGAUGUACUUAGAUGAUGUAAAUGAGAUAAUAAGGAAUGACCUCUCCAGCAUUUCUGUCCAUGGCCAUGCAUAGCUGUGUGGGAUCUCCACCAACCGGACUCUUAGCACAGUCAGCUUGGAGGCAGGAGGACAGGACAACAUUUCGAAGCACAGCUUUCACAGCAACAAGGGACUGAUAUCUCCCAUACCCGUGACUGAAGAAUCAAAUUUCCAAACAAUUCACAAAUGACAUUUACUGUGUCUGUGGAGAAGGUAUUUUGGCCUGACAAGUUUCCCCUCCAUUGCAGUGUCAAUGUCAAUGAAUGUCAAUGAAGGCCUUAACUCCAAGAAACAACAACAAUAAAAAAAAACAGAAUACCCAUUGCCUUAAAAAUAAUGAUCUUCCAAGGACCAAGAAC